GAAGGUUCCCCCUGCACCCCCUUCACCCCCGCGUGCUUGGCGCAUGCUCCGUGGGCGCCCCGCGAUGUGGAGCCGGGGGUCGCGGUGUGAGGUUAAAGGCAAGAGAAGUUGAAAACACCCUCUGAAAACACCCUCCUCACUCUGCUCCAAGCCUCCCCUCCACAUUCAGCAUGGCUGGUGGCAUCACUGAUACAGGAGAGCUUUACUCUCCCUAUGUUGGUCUUGUUUACAUGUUCAACCUCAUCGUUGGAACUGGAGCCCUGACCAUGCCGAAGGCCUUUGCGACAGCAGGGUGGCUCGUCAGCCUUGUCCUCCUUAUGUUCCUGGGAUUUAUGAGCUAUAUGACUACAACCUUUGUGGUGGAAGCCAUGGCUGCUGCAAAUGCCCAGCUGCGAUGGAAGAGAAUGGAGAAACGCAAGGAGGAUGAUGAGGAUGAGGAUUCUUCCUCUGGGGUAUCUGACACUGAUGUUCUCCUCCAAGAUGGCUACGAGCGAGCAGAGACACGACCUAUCCUGUCAGUUCAGAGACGUGGCUCCCCAAAUAUCUUUGAAAUUACUGAGAGGGUGGAAAUGGGCCAGAUGGCUUCCAUGUUCUUCAACAAAGUGGGUGUCAACCUCUUCUAUUUCUGCAUAAUCAUCUACCUCUAUGGAGACCUGGCAAUCUACGCAGCAGCUGUACCAGUCUCUCUCAUGCAAGUGACCUGCAGUGCCACUGGCAACCAUUCUUGCAAUGUUGGAGAUGGCACAAAGUACAAUGAUACAGACAAGUGCUGGGGGCCAAUUCGACGGAUUGAUGCUUACAGACUGUAUCUGGCAGCAUUCACUCUCCUCCUCGGUCCUUUCACCUUCUUCAAUGUACAGAAGACCAAGUACCUUCAAAUCAUGACAUCCCUCAUGAGAUGGAUAGCUUUCAUCCUCAUGAUUAUUCUGGCUCUCAUCCGCAUCAGCAGAGGCCAAGCUGAAGGUCACCCAUCCAUGGCCCAACUCUCGGGCAUCCGCAAUCUCUUUGGGGUGUGCGUCUACUCCUUCAUGUGCCAGCACUCUCUGCCAUCCCUCAUCACCCCCAUCUCCAAGAAGAAGCAUGUCAACAAGCUCGUGCUGCUCGAUUACAUCCUGAUCCUGGCUUUCUACAGCCUCCUGUCGUUCACUGCCAUUUACUGCUUCCGCAACGACACCCUCAUGGACAUGUACACGCUCAACUUCACCAACUGUGAGAUCAUCAGCGUUGCCUUCAUUCGCUACUUCCUGGGCCUCUUCCCAGUCUUCACCAUCAGCACCAACUUCCCUAUCAUCGCAGUGACCCUGCGCAACAACUGGAAGACUCUUUUCCACAGGGAAGGGGGGACCUACCCAUGGGUGGUGGAUAGGAUUGUCUUUCCUGCCAUCACGCUCAUUCCCCCAGUGCUGGUGGCUUUCUGCACCCACGAUCUGGAGUCCUUGGUGGGGAUCACAGGAGCUUAUGCUGGGAAUGGGAUCCAGUACCUCAUUCCGGCUUUCCUCGCAUACUGCAGUCGCAAGGACACGCAGCUGGUCUUUGGCAGUGGGACAGUUAACAAACACCUCUCCCCUUUCCGACACACUUUCUGGAUUGUGUUUGUGCUCAUAUGGGGCUUUUCUUGCUUCGUGUUUGUGACUGCAAACAUUGUCCUGAGCGAGUCCAAACUCUGAUGUGGGGAUAGCAGCACGCUCCCUCCCCAGCUCCAGAGACAUUUCAGCUCCCCCUCUGCAGCUGUGGAAUGGGGGAGAGGCAUCAUGAAGGGAAGUUUCCAGGCUGUGGGCUUGGUGACAAGGGUUAACCCUGAACACAGACUCUCUCCACUCCAUUUGGAGCGUGGAUGGAGUGGAUUCAGCCUUGUUACAAUCCUGGUUCUCACACCCUGCUGUUCAACGCUGUGGGGCUGAGCCCUUGGCAGCCUGCACCAUUAACCAGUGUCCAGCCAGUUCUGCCUUUAGCUCUGUUGGAGCAUCGCUGUUGGAUCUCUCUGUGUGCUGCAGGUCUCGGCACACAGGGGAGCAGAGAGCCUUGCCUGCUCACUGCACCAAUGUCCCUUCUCCCAAAGGCAUGGAUGUGCUGGGCAGGAUCCGGCAGGAGUUUGGGAGAGCCGAGUCUCUUCUUUCAAACCAACCUCCUGUGCCAGUUGAGGGGAGAAGCGAGGGUGGGAGGAGAUCUAACUCAGAAGGAAGUAAUUGUGUGUUACAUUUUCUUUUCCUAGAGGCAUUAACCUGUUUGUGCACCAUGGAUUGCUGGGGUCUGGGAUCUCUUGCUGGUUUCCCAAGCCCAGGAGUUUACAUUCACACUUCUCACCCUGUUCUCUGCUGUGACAACCCCGGUUGGACCCCAAAGCAAUGCCCCUACAUGCAGGGAUACAGCUUUUCCUCCCUGGAGAGGAAACAGCAGCCUUGCUUCCCUCAGCUCCUGCAUGCAGACCGCUUGCAUGGAGCUGGUAGGACCAGCCAGCCCCUACCUACCUCCAGUGGUUGGGAAUCCUGCGGGCUGGAAUUCCUGUGGCUAAUUACCCAGUCUGGACACGUGUGAGGCCUGCAGGGGCUCUGGCUGUGCACACUGAUGCGUUUCCAGCCUCCUGUGCUGGGUAAUUAGCCUUGAAACAAGGUGGGUGUUAACUCAAGGGAAUGGGCUGGUGCCAGGAGGCAGCGGCCGGGCUUCCAUCCUGCAGGAGCUCAGAUCCCAGAUGCUGAAACCCUGCUGGUACUGGGCUUGAAUCCCUUUUCUUCUCCUACACAGGCCUACGAUGGGCUUUGGGCUGGUCCUGCUCAGCUGCUCUGAGAACUGGGCUGCCUGUUACCUACAGCAGCCGAUGCUUUAGGUAAAUCUCUGCUUUUAAGUCCCUAUAACAGCACACAGUGACCCAGCCCUGGGUGCUGUGCUCUGAGGCCCUUGGGCAAAGAUCUUUGGGCUUUCCUAACAAAAGGAAGAACUUCAAAAGAAGUUUCCAUCUGAAAUACUUUAAGCCCCCCCUUAUUAAAGCAGGUUCAAAGCCAGGUGCGUGUCACUUACGUUAGAUCCUCUUGCCCUCUGCACUUGCUGCAGUAUUAAGUGUCUCCACUCGCUAAAGCAAGCUUUGAACUGCAGCUCUUUUUAAUCAAGCUCUGUUUUCAAGUAGGCCUUUCUGGUUUCCAUAUGACCUGAAGUGCUCCUCCUGCGGGAAUAUGCAAGUACCUGGAGCUGUAUAAAAACACUUCAUGGCUUUUAAAGCAAAACCCUGCACCUCUUGAGCCUGAGCACCGCCACUGUGUCCUUGCUGAGCUGCUUGGAGAGGAUCCGGGGGGACUGUUUGCCUCCUCUCCAGCUUGAUCCUGAGCAUUGGCAGUGACUUUAAACAUCCCCAAGUGCUCCAGGGAAGCUGCUGGGGCAUCUUCAGUGCCAAGUGAACAAGUUAUUUACAGGUACCUGGUGGUGGUGUCUCAGGAUGAAGGAGGCUGGAGGGCAGAUCCAUGGGGCAGCAUUGCUGGGAGCCACCUGCCAGGCAGCUGAGAGGAACUUAGUGCUGAUGAAAUGAGCCUUUGGAGAGCUGGUGAGGCUGCAGGAGGGCACAGAUGUGGGUGAUGGUGGGGGGGGGCUGAGGCUUUGCAAGGCACUUGGCUCUGCCUUCAUCCCUGCAAGGGCCCAUUACAAUCUCUUCCCUCGACAUUUCAUUGCCAGCCAGGGAAUGGGGCUGUGCUCUGUUAUUC